UCUAUUCGGUCGUUUCAUUUAUCCGGAUGCCCCGGUAUCCGGACGAUUUCGCCGGGAACGGCACCGUCCGUAUAAACGGGGGUCGACUAUAUAUGACAUGACGAUGACAAUCUGGGCGGAGAAUGUGAUGACUGAAGUGAUGGAGGUUGUGAAUGAAGGCUUCUUAAGUUUGCUUGUUUUUGUUUUAUGGCACAAGGGCAACUAUUGCUCAAAGAGUGCCAUCACACAUGUUCACAUAGUUCACACGUAGUAUCAUUGUAGAUAUAUGUCUUUGUGUGUUUGAUAGUAGUUUUAUAUUCUAGGUAAGUAACAGCUUUCCGAGUUAGACACUCCACAGGGUGUUGAAAAUUAAGCCUUCACGAGCGCUACGCAAACACACCGAUGACAGGAAACCAGAUGAUAACUUUACCCUACUUGUGUAAGAAACAGGUGCUGCUAAUUAUGUAGCACCUGUUUCUUACUCAAGGAACAGAAAAAUAGCACCAGUUUUCUUUUGUUCGCCUAUUUAUAAAGUGCUAGUGAAGGCUUAAUUUUGAACACCCUGUAUACACUGAAAGUCAAGAACGAAGUGAUACUUAGGGUAAUCGAAAGCAAACAGACGUCAAUUGUAUCCUUCGGCCACCCUUUUCAGACCUUUGCUGCCACUUCGGAGGUCCGGAAGCAGCGGGACUCGACUUGGGCGAGGGAGUCACCCCUAUUCUUCUGUCCUAGAGGGCUACUUCGGUGUGCGCGCGAUAACACGCAAUGGAUGAUGAUGCAGGUGCGAUUGGGGGUGGAUGAGGAAUGAGGCAAAGGUGGGCUAAAAGCGGCGCGAGCGAGAAAGGAAAUACGAAAGCCCUACUGCCACAGGUUUAUCCCAGCGGGAAGUGCGGGAGGCUCCAAAAGAAAGGAGGGCUGACAGGGACACGGGAACCCCCAGCAGUCGGAGAGGGAGACUUAUGUAGGACUCUCGAAGCCUAGCGUAAAAGCCGCAGCGCAUGAGGAAAUGUUCAACCGUCUCGUCCUUGUCAUAUGGGGACACGCGGGAGAUGAAGAGCAGACGACUCGGUGAAGAUAGAAGCUGAGAGGCAGGGCGAGGCAGCGAGCGAGCGUCAACGAGACUUCUGACUGCCGUGAAAAACAGGAAGCCUGCUUCCACGAGAAGGACAGGUGUGCGUACGCAGGCCGCGUAAUGGCUCCAAAGGAUAGCCGUAGAAACUGUUUGCACCUGGAGACACAGACGUGUGCAAGGGGAGGGAGCAGGCCAACAAUCGCACCAGAGAGGGACAUUUUUGCGAGGGAGUCAGCAGUGAUGCAUGGCCCCUAUAACACUGUUCGACAUACAAUAUUAGGUUCCGGUUUCAAUGCGAUUUUUCAGUUUUUCUUGCAGGGUCUAUUCAGGAAUAUUUCCAUAGAAAAUGUUUAAACUGCCAAAUUUUGAUCGUUAGGCGUAGCUGUUUUCAAAAAAACUAUGGGGGCAAUAAAAGAAGACAAAGAGAAAGUUUCUUCAAUUUCAAGGGACCUACACUUGGGAACCUAUUCGACUAGCACAACCGAGAAUAAGACGACGACAACAACGAAGACACGCGCUACACUCCUCGAUCGCUGCAAGGGCGUAGACAUGCGUAUAUCUGCAUUCUUAAUGACCAUUCGACUUCUAGGUCUCUUCCCGUUUUCAUAUGGCAGACGCUUGAAUGCUUUCGUCAAGCAUUUCGAACCCAUUUCAUACGGUUAUCCCGGUGCUCCUGGUAGCCACGUCCGGUUAAAGCGUGAGGCAUCGGCGAGCAAAGAAGUUCACUUAAAAUUGCACGCACAUAGCAGGGAUUUUCACCUGCGCCUGAGGCCGGACACGUCGGUGUUCCACAAGGACUUCGUUGUCGAGACUGCAUCGGAAGGUGUUGUCAAGGUGGGCACGGGCCACAUCUAUUCUGGGGAAGUCGUGGGCGAACCUGAGAGCCACGUGUACGGGUCACUACAUAAUGGCGUCUUCGAAGGAAGUAUCAGUACGAGGAAAGAGAACUUCUAUGUUGAAGCGGCUUCCAAGUACUUCAAGAAGCCUGUGCCCUUUAAGUCUAUCAUCUACUCCAGCGACCAGGUUGAGUUCCCCCAGUCAAAGAAACCGGGGCACGGAAGUUGGUGUGGCCUCUCUGGGGACACAGAGAAGUGGAUGAAUAGAAUCCUGGAGAAUUCGCAAAGCAAACAUGUCAAAGGCCACAGAAUACAUCGUACUCACGAAAGGAUCGGGCGACGCCUCCACGGUGAAUAUCUUGAAGAUGACUCUGAUGACGUCGACGAUGAUAACGAUGCCAAUGUGGUGUAUGCGCCGAGAAAACCGCUGACAAACGACAAGGCUCUGAUGGACAACAGAACGCGUCGGAAAUCUGAUGCCUCGAGACGUGUGUGCAAUCUGCAAGUCAGCAUCGACCACCAUCUCUUCGAAUAUGUUUCGCAGGUGGUUGAGAACGCUCUUCACGUGCGACAGAGGCUCACAGCGCUCGUCGCCGCGCACGCUGCGAAACUUAACGAAGUGUUUGGUUCUACCAACUUUGAUGGUAUCGAAGACAUCAGCUUUAUUGUGCAAAGAAUCAAGAUUAACGACAGCACCAGUUGCUUGGGCAGCAAAAGCAAGAACAACCCGUUCUGCUCCAUUGCCGUCGACUCCGCACAUAUGCUUCAUUUGGCGUCGCUGGGGAACUACGAUGACUUCUGCCUCUCCUACAUAUGGACUUACAGAGAUUUCGCCGAUGGUGUUCUUGGCCUUGCCUGGAUAGCUAAACCCGAAUUCGGUAGUGGUGGCCUCUGCGAAAAGAACCGGGCUUCGGUGGAUAUCGAACCUGGAACCGGAACGUAUCAGGACUACGCUCUUAGCCUCAACGUCGGCAUCGUCACAUUCCUUAACUACAACAGCUUCGUACCUCAAAUUAUCUCCGAGCUAUCGAUGUGUCACGAGGUUGGGCACAGCUUUGGAGCACCCCAUGACGACGGUCCUGCGUGCGUUCCUGGAGGAUUCAACGGCAACUAUCUGAUGUACUCCUCAGCAACAACAGGGCUGCUCAAGAACAACGCUAUCUUCUCGCCUUGCAGUGUUCGAAAUAUAUCGAGAAUCCUGCAGACACUAUUUGACGGCAAGAGCGAUCGCGAGAACUGUUUGCUGAGAAACAUGGAACCAAUAUGUGGCAACGCGAUUCAAGAAGGCGAGGAACAGUGCGACUGUGGAAUGGGAGAAAGCGACUGCUUAGACAAGUGCUGUUACGCACGCCAUAAUGAUCACAAUGCUACAGGGUGCACCCUAAGGCCGAGAGCCGAAUGCAGCCCGUCGUCUGGAUCCUGUUGCGGCAUACAUUGCAAUAUUUUGCCUACUGGAACUGCCUGCAGACGUCCCACAAUGUGCUCCGGAAGAGCUUUUUGUGAUGGCGAAAGUGCGAGAUGCCCAUUUGCCCCUUGGAAGCCGGACAUGACACCCUGCAACAACGAUACACAAGUGUGCAGGAGAGGCACAUGCACGGGAUCCAUCUGCGAGAAAUUCGGCUUGGUGGAGUGCUCCUUGUCUGGACGGGCGCUUACCGCUGAAGAACAGUGCGUUUUAGCCUGCAGAGAUCCGGGCACUUCCGGUAGGCCGUGCCUGCCGGUGUGCCAUUUUUCCGGAAUGGAAGAACACUGCGGGAAGAAGCUUCAACCCGGAUCCCCAUGCAAUGGUCUUCGAGGGUACUGCGACGUCUUUCAAAAGUGUCGCCCAAUCGACGCCGAGGGUCCGCUUUUCCGCAUGGAGCAGUUUUUCUUUGGCGGCGAAGCGGUUUAUUCCCUUAUCAAUUUUAUUAAGGAACACGUGGUAUUAUCCGGCUUCAUUGUACUCGGGUCCAUAUGGUGCGUGGUGUUGGUAUUAAAGCUGGUUGCCGUGCACACACCCAGCCACAACCCGAAGCGACGGUCCGCGUACAGCCUAAAGGAUACGAUAAGACAUCCCUUUCAAUAUCUGGAGUGAAGCAACCAAUGUCAAUAUGGCCUAUGCUGCGCCCAUUAACUGCUUGAGGAUCGAGUUCUGCGCUUGGCAAUUAAAUGUUUUACUGCGUCCCAAGUCUGUUGAUGUGAUAUAGUAUACGCUGCCAUCUACAAUAACGCUAUCUUGAUAGUGACAUGAACACAGCAGGGCACCUACAACAAGUACUAAAUCCUAAAGUAGAAGCUCGCAAGCGUUGGACUACAUAGUGUAACUGUUCCCUAUUGAAAGAAACACAAGUCGCAUCCGUCGCGGUCGAUU